AUGGUCAAGAUUUUCAUCACCGGAGCCACCGGCUACAUCGGCGGCGACACGCUUUACCACCUCUACAACAAGUAUCCGAAUUACGAAUAUACAGCCAUCGUCCGCACCGAAGAGAAAGGAAAACAAGUUACUUCUAAGUUUCCCAAAGUACGAACCGUGAAAGGUGACAAUGACUCCAUCGACCUGCUUAAGGAGGAGAGUGCGAAGGCAGAUAUCGUGAUCCAUACAGCAGACGCCUCCGACAACGUCAAUGCAGCUAAGGCCAUCGCAUCCGGCCUGACCUCCGGCCACACCUCCUCAAACCCUGGCUACUGGCUACACACCGGCGGCACCGGCAUUCUGACCUACUUCGACACACGCGACGGCAAGCUCGGCGAGAACUCGGACAAGGUCUUCAACGACCUCGAAGGCGUGGAAGAGCUCGUCAACCUCCCCAGUGAAGCGUUCCACAGGAAUGUCGAUGAAAUUGUCAUCGAGACCGGGAAAAAACAGGGGGAGAAGGUGAAGACGGCGGUGGUAUGUCCGCCGACGAUAUAUGGAGACGGAAGAGGCCCCUCCUUAACUCGCGGCCGUCAAGUUUACGAACUCGCAAAAUUGACUAUACAACGCGGGAAAGCGCCCAUAAUCGGCGGGGGCAAAGCUCGGUGGAACAACAUCCAUGUGCACGACCUAUCCCGCGCUUACGUGCUGCUCGUAGAGGCCGCAGUAGCAGGCAGAACCGAUGAGGGGCUGUGGGGCGACAAGGGAUAUUACUUCACCGAGAAUGGCGAACACUUCUGGUCCUCCCUCUCGCAACGCAUCGCCGAGUCUGCCAAAAAUCAGGGUUAUAUCCAAUUCGCGAAGACCGAGGCUCUAGACAAGGCUACUGCGAACAAAGUCGCUGGCUUUGAGAGUAUCAGCUGGGGCCUGAACUCGCGGGGUGAGGCAAGGAGGUUGAAGAAGUUGCUAGGGUGGAAGCCGCAGGAGCGCAGUAUUGAGGAUGAGGUGGAUACGAUUGUGAAGAAUGAGUGGGAGAGGCUGCAGGAGAGUUGA